AGAAAGAAAUGAACAGUUCAGAUUCAGUCAUCAGUUCAUGGUUCUUAUUUAUCUUCCCUGUCCCUUCUCUUUUCUCACUCCCUCUUCUUUCUGUCUUACCUCUCUCUCUCUAGAUUUUCUCUAUUCAGAUCCUUGAAAAGAGCUAACACACACACUAAUACGAUGUUGCUUGGAAAGAGACAACGACCACCGAUUAAAAGAACCACGAGUCUGUCGGAGAUAAAGUUUGAUCUGAACCUUCCAGCAGAAUCAGAGGUAUCAUCAAACCAGCAGAGUCCAACCCAAACCACCGUGGUUGGACCAUACGGUUCCAACGGUCAAGUCGUAGCAGCAUCCGUUAAUCAACAACGUGGGAUAGAUGAACGGUUCCUAGCUAUGGUCACACCGAGACCGAGAGGUAACCUGAGGAGACACUCAGGCGAUUUCGCAGAUGCUGGACAUUUCUUAAGAUCUUGCUCCCUCUGCGAACGCUUACUUGUUCCCGGCCGUGACAUCUAUAUGUAUAGGGGAGAUACGGCCUUCUGUAGUUCAGAGUGCAGGCAACAGCAAAUGGCACAAGACGAGAGGAAAGAGAAAGGUAAACCGGCAAGGCAAUCGGUGGUGGCAGCCACCGCAAAACCCGGCAAAGGAGGGAGAGCUGCAGCCGCCGUGUAAUACCCACAUAUAUAUAUGGUUAUAAUAUAUUUAUAUGUUGUUUGUGGCUUGCUAUGUGUUUGUAUAUGAUUAUGAUGGGGUAUUACAUAUUCAAAGCAGUGAGCGUUAAUUAACAUGUGUUAAUCACUCUCGUGUCACGCGCUUUUUUACGAGGGUUUAAAUUUUAAAAGUUUUUAUUGUGCAAAAGUUUUGAUCUAUUUUGAAAUAAAAAUCAAAUGUAUGUAAGACUUGUGUAAUUUUUUUUUAAGUACUUAAUAAGAAAAAAAUUUAGAUUA